GGAGCGAUGAGUGAGGGAUCAGAUCAAACCUCACAAAACAGGAAGCGCCCUGCAGGACAGGGUUGGCCCGAUGGGUGCCCCCGGCCUUCCCGGGUUAAUGAGGAAUCUAAUGCCAGCGGCUGGUGUCUGUGCACGUAGGCCCCGGCGGCCACGUCCAGGACAGCGAUCACACCCAGGAGCCGGGCCCUUAUCGCUGAGGGUCAACAGUCAGGCUUUGCAGCUGGAAGGGCUUGGAGAAGCCAGUGGCUGGUGGGGUGGAUCCUACCGGCUUGGGGCCAGGACUGGGGGUCUGGGGAGGGGAGUGACCUCCAGACACGCCCCCUCUUCUCUGUAGCUCCCCGCUGUGCCCCAGAGGGACAGCCAUCGGCGGUGGCCGCCCGCCAGGGGCCGCGAGGGAGGGGGAAAGGCCACCGCCGAGGCGGCGUGCGCUCUCUGUAGAUACGGCCGCCGCCCGGCCCCCUCCUGUAGACUCUGGCCGCAGGGACCGGCGAGCCGCUCCAUAAAGAGCCGGGCGCAGGCAGGGCGGCGGGACCCGAGGCGGUGCGGGCUCCGCGGGGUCGGGGUCGGGGCGCAGGGCCGUGCGCGCUGCGCUGCGGGGACCAUGGGCCGCUACUCGGGCAAGACGUGCCGCCUGCUGUGCAUGCUGGUGCUCACCGUGAUCUUCUUCGUGGCCGAGCUGGUGUCGGGCUACCUGGGCAACUCGAUCGCGCUCAUCUCCGACUCGUUCAACAUGCUGUCGGACCUGAUCUCGCUGUGCGUGGGGCUGGGCACGGGCUCCCUGGCGCGCCGCGCGCGGCGGGGCCCCCGCGCCACCUACGGCUACGCGCGCGCCGAGGCGGUGGGCGCGCUCAGCAACGCCGUGUUCCUCACCGCGCUCUGCUUCACCAUCUUCGUGGAGGCGGUGCUGCGCCUGGGGCGGCCCGAGCGCAUCGACGACCCGGCGCUGGUUCUCAUCGUGGGCGCCCUGGGGCUGGCGGUCAACGUGGUGGGGCUGCUGGUCUUCCAGGACUGCGGCGCCUGGUCCUCCUGCUGCCGCCGCCGCCGCCGUCCCCCGCCGCCCCCCGGGGCCCCGGGAGCCUUGGGGGGCCCGCAGGGAGCCGCCCGCGCAGCCCCCAGCCCGGACUCGGCCGUGACCCUGCGCGUGGGAAAGACCGCGGAGAAGGGGGCCACUGUGUUCGCCAACGUAGCAGGUGACUCCCUGAACAUCCAGCACGAGCCGGAGGAGACGAUGAGGAAGGAGAAGAAGUCGGAAGCCCUGAAUAUCAGAGGUGUGCUUUUGCACGUGAUGGGCGACGCCCUGGGCUCGGUGGUGGUGGUGAUCACGGCCACCAUCUUCUAUGUGCUACCCCUGGGCCAGGAUGACGACUGCAACUGGCAAUGCUACAUUGACCCCAGCCUGACCAUCGUCAUGGUGAUCAUCAUUUUGUCGUCUGCCUUCCCGCUCAUCAAGGAGACCGCCAUCAUUCUGUUGCAGAUGGUCCCCAAAGGGGUCAACGUGGAGGAGCUGAUGAGUAAGCUCGCGGCCGUGCCGGACAUCAGCAGCGUUCAUGAACUGCAUAUCUGGGAACUUAUAAGUGGGAAGAUCAUUGCCACCCUGCACAUCAAGUACCAGAAGGACAGGGGGUAUCAGGACGCCAGUCUGAAAAUUCGAGAAAUUUUCCACAGGGCGGGAAUCCACAGCGUGACCAUCCAGUUUGAGGCCGUGGACUCGCCGGAGUCCCUGGAGCAGAAGGACACGCUGUCCCUCUGCAGCUCCCCCUGCAUCUCUAAGAGCUGUGCCAAGCACCUGUGCUGUCCCCCCCGGGCACUGCCCGUGGCCCACGUCAAUGGCUGUGCCGAGCACAACGGCUCUCCCCGCCUAGACAUGUACCAAAGCCAAGGCCGCGGUAGACCAGAACUCUCGGACGUGGCGAUUGAAGUAUCUCUGGAUGGCCGUGGGAGUGACCAUGGACAAACUUUCACCAAAACUCAGGGGGACCAGUGUUAUGUCAACAGCACACAUUUUUAACCCUGUCCCCGCAUAAGCAGACUGUAUAGACGGAGGCACUUUGGACCUACAGCUUGGCUUGUGGGAGUCCGUGUAGGCACUGACCAAACCCACGGUGUACACUCUGUGGUCAGGGAGGGGUUGGCAGUGUGGGGUGUUCGUUGACCGUGCCUGUGAAUUUUUACGGGACUGACAAGGUAACCCAUUGCGUGGUCCUGGAGGCCUCAUGCUGCUCUCCAAGAGUUUUCGUUUGCUCAUUGAUUUUUCUGAAGCAAACUGCCCUGGUGUGUGAACGUCAGGGGCACUGAAGGCGGGGACUCAGCGACUGUGGACACGGGACUCAAAGUAGCUUUUGUUUGACACCCAUUAGAGCUUCCAGCUGACCCUCAGGGGAGCUCAUGGCCAAGUAUAUCGCACAGACUUAGGAGCCAUGAUGGCUGUUUCUUUGUUUGUUUGUUUGUUUUUUCCAUUCCACUGGAAGAUUAUAAAAGAAGAAGAAUAGUCUUGCCACUGCAGCAAUUUUUUUCUUUGGCUUAUUUUUGAAUGAAUGUAAAAUGGAGACCAAUUAAGGAAGAGACCACUUUCAGAACAGGAGAAAAAGUGGAGUUUAUGGGGGGGGAGCGGGGAGAGAGCAGGAGGAAAAUGCUAUUGGGCCAUUUCAUUGUGUGAGGUGGAAAGAAAAUGAAUGUUUACUUUCUGCUGUGAACUGGGCGUUUCAAAUGUUUAAAUAUAUAUACUAUUUUCCUUUUUUUCACUUGGAAAUAUAGGAAUAUUUCUACUUAAGUAUGACACAAGUACUUUCAUACUGUCUUUGAGAUUCAGUCCAUGGGGACUGUUUUCAUUUAUUUGCUUAAUAAUGACUUACUUAUUUGUCCAAAUUUCCUUUGAGUCUUUUUUUUUUUUAAUAUAUGAUCACAUUAAUCUAUGAGGCAUUUACCAGGAGAAAAAUGAGCAUUUCUGGGUAGAAGAAUAUGUAAUAUUCUGUACUCAUUCCUGCACCCGAAUUAAGCUAGGUUGAUUUUUCUUGAAUGAGACAUAUUUAAAAAUAUUUAUUACAAUUGGCAACUAAUAACUUGAUGGAAAAAUAUAUGGAAAUGAGAAGGAAUUUUAUUGCUGACUUUACCAAAUGUGUUUGGAGGAGCUUAAACUUUCAUGUGUCUGACCCGUGUUACCAAGUUCAGAUACAUUUUUUAGACUCUGAUUCGGAUCCAUAACCAUAACGGGCCUGUCUUAGUAUUGGAGAAGCAUCUGCCGUGCAUUUAACACACAGUCCAGGCAGAAUACUUUCAUCAGAACUGUCUCAAAAUAGGUUUGAGAAAGUGGGCGGUACCUCACCAGAGAACUAGAAUCUUCUUUGAUGGGUUGCAAAGUUGACCGAAAAUGAUCCCCUCUUAGGCCCUUAGCAUUGAGUCCUGCACAGAAUUUAACAGAAAAAGCACUCACAUCUCCCAGCACAAACAUCACUAAAAAAAUAAAUAAAUAAAUAAAAUUCUAAGACUAAAAUAAGUAAGCCAUCUAUCCUUAGUAGGAUAAGAAUAGUUUUAUUCCUUGAAAGUCUAUUAUCUGAGUUUAAAUCGGCCAUGAGUUAGGUAAAUUAGAAAAAUACCUAAAUAUGUUUUAUCUCUAGGAGUUUAUUGGACUAGGCUAUAUAUAUGCUUAUUGCUAAAAUAUAUGACAUCAUUUUAUUUUUAAUAUUAAAAGUGUGGCAGGUACUCACACAAAACAGGGGCUUUGGAAACUCACCAUGGUGAUGCGUGGACCCAAUUCUCCUGGAUAGAUGUUAUUUGAAAGGCCCUUCCGGAGCCAGAGAAGAAAUUUGUCUCUUCCUCCCCAAUGUGAAGGUCUAAUUUGAUUUCAGGUUACUCUGCUUUUAUUAAAAGGGAACAAUGAUAAUUUUCUAACUUUUGUGCUACUGGCUACAGGAAUGCAUAUCUAUUUUCUGGAAUUAUUGCACUUAAUUCCAAUAUCAUGAAGUCUGACCUCAGAAAAGUAUCUAAUGAACAUAGCAAAUGAUGCAGUAGGGCCGAUGUGACAUAAUCCCAUGGUAAGACAUUUUGACUGAGUGCAUUUAAUAAUGUCCAAGCGAGCGAAGCAAGUGCAAUGUUUUCUUCUUUUUUUAAAAAUAUAUUUUAUUGAUUUUUUACAGAGAGGAAGGGAGAGGGAUAAAGAAAUAGAAACACUGA